AAAAAUCCCUAGCCGUAAUAAUCAUUCACGCGAGGGGUAUUAUCGUCAAAUAAGCAGACCAACGAAUAUACGCUCUUCCAGCUACCUGACGCCAAAAUUCCUCUUCGCAGAAGAUCGCCGAUCUCGAACGAUGACGGAAAUGGAGAAAAUGGAGGCUAUGAAAAGAGCGUAUGCAGAAAUGAUACUGAACACGGCCAAGGAGGCGGCAUCGCGCGUAAUGGUGGCGGAGCUAAGAGCGCGACGAACGGAGCAGGAGUUGGUUUCCGUAAAACAAGAGGCUGCUAACAUGCUCCUUCGCUUGAAGCAAAUGAUUGACACAAAGACUAAAGAAGCAGAGAUAACAUCACUGGACCAAAAGAAUAAAUUCGAGGUGCUGGAAUGCCAGCUAAAUGAAGCAGAAGGUAUCAUUUUGGACCUUAGAGAGGAACUGAACCAUGGACAGGAGCAACUCGACAAGUUGAAGAAGAAACAAGUGGUCCUUAAGAGACAGAAUGAACAAAAUGCAGACGAGUGCAGUUUAACAAUGAAGGUCAGAAGUAGUGGUUAUGAGCUUUUGAUUUCAUCCUUGAACCCUGGACCUGAAUUUAGUACCAUCACUAGAAAUAAUUUAUUGUCGGAUUGGAGCACACUCGACCAAGGGAGUCAAAGUUCUGCUAAACAGAAUGUAAAUCUGUAUUCUGAAAGCAAUGCUGGUUUGGAUGAGAUAAAGGAGUCUGAUCAGUUCGAGAGUGGAUGUGCACAGCGAACUUGUGCAAAUGAGACAACCUUAGUGGAGGAGAACUUUUCUGAUGUGGAGAAAUUGAUUCAAAGUGAAAAUUGCACCACUGUAGAGCAUGUAAAUGCUUUCGAGAGCACUUCUGUAUUAGACGAAAACAUCCAAUAUGGAAACAGUGAAGCUCCUUCUAUAGUCCGUAGAAGCGUUAGGAAGAGAAAACUCAAGUUCUGAGAUGAUGUCAUUGCUGCAUGUGGACUGCAGUUCAAGAAACCUCUUUUGGGAUCUACAGAUCCUUCAUGUUUAGGAGCACGGAAAAUGAAAAUGAGUGUGCAACAUGGCGAAGACCUGGCAGAAGGUCGGACUAAAAUCGAGAGUCUUGAUGCUGCAGAGGUCUCAAAAGGACUUAUCAACACUGAUACUGUACCAGAAAAUACAGAGUUGAUUGAUGUGUUGGUAAAACAUGAUGAUCUUGCUGGAACUACCGAGCUGACUAGUGCGUUAAGAAUUGAAUGUGAUGUGGAAGAUGGCGCUGCAGCUAAACCAUCAACUCUAAGUUGUACUGAUGGCAAUAAACUGUGUAGAUAUACAUUUAACAGGAGAUGGAGAAAGAAAUCCGUUAUUUACCCCGAGAAAGUUCUUGAUGGAGGCUCUUGAAAUCCAAGCUUGUCAUGACUGAAUCUUAUAAGAAGCUGGCAACUGAUGAAAGCUCAUCAGCUUAUUUGUAGUCUGGAAACAGUUUUAGUAUUAUUGUGUUUUGAGGAACUUCGAAGCUGCUGAGCCAUGAAGGAUAAAGGCAAGUAGUUUUAUGUUUAUGUGAGUUCAUGACACUCACACAAGCUUCAAACUCAAAGAUAGAUGCAGCUAUGGGAUAUCCCCAUUUAUGAUGUGUUAUAUAUAAUUCAUAGUUGUUAUUUCUGUUUAUUUUAGUUGUCAUAUCUUUCCUGACUCGGUGCUAUUACCAUUUCAUCAUAUUCUUGUCCUUUUAUUCAUA